UUGGGGGGCCAGGCCAGUGGGGGCCAAUUCGAAUUGCGUGGGUUGCGUAUGGAGAAUUGGAGAUGAUCGUGCUUCUCCAAAUUUCUAGAACCCACGACACGCUCUCUUCCUCGGGGGGUGGUACGGACAUUCUAUAUUAGAAGAAGAGGGUGGCGCCCAGCACCACUUACUACAGCACCAGGGUUGUUUCUGUUUCAGUUAUGCAAGAGUCCGGUCAUGAUACUUGUGACCCAAUCUGAACAACGCCUGAUCCUUUUGGAUCCAUGGAUUCCGAUCGUCGCCCACUUCAAUCUCGUUUCUUCUUUUCUGGCUUUUAUUGCUGGGGCUGGGAGUUCUUGACCGCUCUUCUUCUUUUUAGUUGUUCCUCCCAAGGGAAGGCAUACUAGCAGCGCAUACAUAUACUGGAUCUCUCUCUCUCUCUCUGCGUGGCUGCCUUUUCUUUCUUUGUUUUAUUUCAUUAUCAAGUUAAUUAAGAGUAGAUAAUAGACGUGGGUGAAGUGAAGGGAGAGGCGACAGAUCGGGAGAAAUGUCGUCGCAGAGAACGGUGCCGACGCCGUUUCUGACGAAGACGUACCAGUUGGUGGAUGAUCCGGCCACCGACGACGUCGUAUCAUGGGGUGAAAGUGGGAACACGUUCGUGGUGUGGAAGCAUGCGGAUUUUGCCAAGGAUUUGCUUCCCAACUACUUCAAGCACAACAACUUUUCAAGCUUCGUGCGCCAGCUGAAUACCUAUGGAUUCCGGAAGAUCGUUCCUGACAAAUGGGAAUUCGCCAACGAAUAUUUCAAACGAGGACAGAAGGAACUGUUGGCGGAGAUCAAACGUCGGAAACCCGUGAUCCAAUCGGCGCCCGCCACUUCCAACUCCGGCGGGGACGACAUGGGAUCGACCUCGACCUCGUCUCCAGAUUCGAAGAAUCUGGGGACCGUGGAGAGUUCUCAAAUGGCGAAUUUAUCGGGGGAGAACGAGAAAUUGAGGAAGGAUAACGAGAUACUGAGCUGGGAGCUGGCGCAGGCGAAGAAGCAGUGCGAGGAGCUGAUAAGUUUUCUGAAGGAGCACGUGAAGAUGGGGCCGGAUCAGAUCCAUCGGAUCAUGCGGCAAGGAAGUAGUGGGUCCAGUCGCAAACACGGAGACGAAGAUGACGACGAAAACGCGGUAGGUGAAGGGGAGGGGUCUGGUGGGGAAAGCUUGAAACUCUUUGGAGUUAGGUUGGACGUUAGCAGAAGCAGCGCCUCCAACCCCAAGAGAGGCCGCGAAGACCAGAUGGCUUGCAGUGGCUCUAUUUCUAAUAAGCAGCUCAAGACUGUUGACUUUGUUUCCCCCGUGAUGAUGGAGAGCAGCAAGAGGUCUGCAACUGAUGAAUCACCUCUCUGCUCUGCUCCUCAACUCAAGUUCUCUUUCUUUCUGUCGACAAUAUCACAGAAUUAACACCGAGUUUAGUGGGUGUUGCCAAGAAGGUCACAGGCUUCACCCUCAACUGCUGCAUAAUUUCAAUUUCUACCUGGUUUAAUUUGUUCACCUCUAAAUUUUGAGGUGAUAUGAUUAAUAUCCCCUGCCGUAGAUGCCAAGGCAUUUAAAAUAA